UCUUUCUCAUCCAUUUCUCCUUGCUUCCAAUUCUAAACACCCACUUACCCAUCAACACAUCACUCUGGUAUGCAAAUCAUAUCAUAUAUUAGAAAAAUAUACAAUCAAAGAAAAGAACAUAACUGAGCUGUUAUAAUUUAAUGGGUCAAGAUUAUUAAGUGUCAAUGUGAGAAGCAACAUGAGAGAGAGUAAAGAUAGUUGGAAGUGAAGGAACCAACCAGACCCUACACCGUUGACAAAAUUAGGGUCACCUUAGGAAUGGAAAAUGCUACCCUUCUUAUUUUAAGAUCCUUUUCAAUCAGAAAAGCAGGUGAUCAAUUAGUUGAAACAUGAAAGGUUUUGUGAUACCAAAGGGGUGGGAGGUUAACUUUUUGUCUUGUCUAGAUAGGGAUUUCAAUGGAGGUGUUGUUGUAUGUGGUUACGGUGUCAAUAAGAGUAGGUAACUUAGUCUGCAAUAACUCAAUCAUAGCUACACACAUGGAUGCAUCCAGAUUUAAGGUGAUGGCAGAUGCAGGGUCAUUGUCCAAUUCUGUAGCUAAGGUUUCCAAUGAAACGGUUGUAGGUUCGGACGAUUGUCAUGAUAAUGGUGGCAAUUUGGAUGUUGAAAUCGGUAUUACAAAAGUCACUCAACCGGUUUUGGAAAAGGAAGGAGAAAGUCCUUUGAUGGAUAUGAUAUCCCAAAAUAAAGGUGUUUUAGUUGCUAGUGAUGUAGGAUUAGCCCCAGAAAGUGAGGAUGAUGAUUCAUUGUCAUUGGAAGGUGAACAAUUUAUUGAUAGCUCAUGUUCUCUAUCAGUUGUCAGUGAAAACAGUAGUAUAGGCGGAGAAGAGUUCAUUGCUUCUGAUAAUACUUCAGAAGUUGGGACACCAUGUUCGAUAGACAUAGAAAAGAUCGUCAGUUCUGUCAAUAUUGUUGCUCAAACCGCUGAUUUGGGGGAGUCAAAUGUUGACACAGAUAUUAUGAAUGAACCCCUUGCUGUGGCAGUGAAUCUUGACCAAGAGAUUGGAGUUGAAUCAGACCUAAAGCCUUCUACAGUUGCUCAUCAGCUGCCUCAGGAAGAGGGAACAAGUGUAGCAGUUGUCCGGAGUGUUUUUGAAUUGGAUUAUACCCCGUUAUGGGGAUUCAUAUCACUAUGUGGACGAAGACCAGAAAUGGAAGAUGCAGUUGCAACUGUUCCUCGGUUUUUAGAAAUUCCCAUUCAGAUGUUAAUUGGUGAUCGAGCACCUGAUGGAAUAAACCGGUGUUUUAGGCCGCAAAUGACCCAUUUCUUUGGAGUCUAUGAUGGCCAUGGUGGCUCUCAGGUUGCAAAUUAUUGUCGUGAACGCAUCCAUAUUGCAUUGACCGAGGAAAUAGAACUUGUCAAGGAAAGUCUAAUCGAUGGAGGACUCAAUGAUGGUUGCCAAGAUCAAUGGAAAAAAGUUUUCACCAAUUGUUUCUUAAAGGUUGAUGCAGAAGUUGGAGGAACGACUAAUAAUGAAGUUGUUGCGCCAGAAACUGUUGGCUCCACUGCUGUUGUUGCUCUUAUAUCUUCAUCCCAUAUUAUAGUUGCAAACUGUGGUGAUUCGAGAGCCGUUCUUUGUCGUGGCAAAGAACCAAUGGCGUUAUCAGUGGACCAUAAACCGAACCGAGAAGAUGAAUAUGCAAGAAUUGAAGCAGCCGGAGGAAAAGUGAUACAGUGGAAUGGUCAUCGUGUAUUUGGUGUUCUUGCAAUGUCAAGAUCUAUUGGAGACAGGUAUUUGAAACCGUCAAUUAUUCCGGAUCCAGAAGUUCAAUUCAUUCCUCGUGCAAAAGAGGAUGAAUGUCUCAUUUUGGCUAGUGAUGGUCUAUGGGAUGUGAUGACAAAUGAAGAGGUUUGUGACCUGGCUCGAAAACGUAUACUUCUUUGGUACAAGAAAAACGGCAUGGAACUACCCUCGGAAAGGGGAGAGGGUAGUGAUCCUGCGGCACAAGCAGCAGCAGAGUUGCUAUCGAAUCGCGCUCUCCAGAAAGGAAGCAAAGACAACAUCACUGUGAUUGUUGUGGAUCUGAAACCUCAACGAAAGUAUAAGAACAAAACAUGAUGAUUUCAAGGUGGUUUGAAGAUUAUUAUUGUACUAUAGAAGCAUAAUAUAAUUCAAUAUAGUUUUUUGCCCAUUAAUUUUUCAACAGGGCAUUCAUCCUCUGUACUAUAAUACAUCUUACUUAAAACUCAACUAAUUAAGAGUCUCCUUCACUGUAGUGCAUUGGAUUUGAAGCUAUGUAAAUUUAGUUGCUUAUUUUAGGAAUGAUAGGCGACUACAUCCAAUGCCUUUGACAUUUUUUAGCAUAUUGUAUUCAUUAUUAUGCCUCCGAGUACAAAGGCUCUGUGAAGCAUUUACUUGAAUAUUAUUUUAGCCAGUGUGUUUAUAAAGAUGUAACUAAUUUGUAGUAAGUGGUCUUUCAAUUUUGUAUUUCA